AUGGGGGACGAAGUUACUCAAAAAAUAGAAAAGGAAGUAGAAGACCUUCAGGGAGCUCUCAAGGAGCAGUUAAAGGCCCAAAGAGAUCUCGGAGACCUCGAAACAAACUUAAGAUCGGAAACCUUCACACUGGAAAAGACUACCGAGGAGCAUAAGGCUGCAGCAGAGGAAGCCAAAAAGAAGCUGUUCUGGAAGAACUUCAAAUACUUUCUUAUUGCAGCCGUGGUGGUAAUGUUAAUCUUGUUUGGGCUUUUUGGAAACAUUUUCACAAAAUAA